GAUUAUUCAUUGCUAUACUUGUAGGAUUAUGCUUAGAAGUGUAUAAUGAACAGUAUACUAUCAGUAUGGACAUCACCACAGUUGAUAAAGUGCCAUUACCAAAUAUCUAUUUUUCUAAUGAACAUAAUUUUAUCGUCGAAUGUACUUUGUCUAAUGGCACUUAUAUCGAACAAUUAUAUGAUUGUGGCGACUACGUCAAUAAUACUAUUAAGCGUAAUUCUUCCGAUCGACCUUAUUUUGGAGCAUUUUUACCAAAUUACAAUGUAACACUUGAGACGGGAUGUACAACAGUUGAUCUUAAUAUAUUUAUCACGGAUCCAGCUUAUAAUAGUUCCUAUCAAAAUUUUUCCUUGUUUAUGUUUGCAUUUGAUAAAGAAUAUGAUCCGUAUUAUCAUGAGUCAUCGAUGCCUACGUUUACUCCGUUUGAGGAAUUACUUCUUUUGAAAAAUGCAUAUUAUUUAUCACGUACUAUUUUAAGUUUGCUAGGUGUUAUUGGUGGUAUUUGGAGUUCUAUUACAGGUUUUUACGUAUUUUUAUUUGGACUUGGUUUAUUCUCUCCAUGGGGUUUUGUACAAAAAUCGAAACCAUUCAAAAUUCAAUAUGAAAAAAAUCUCUUACCGUUUACCGUAGAUUCACAACCUGACAAACUUGAUACAGAAGAAAACGCCUCAAUAUUAAAACGACUCGAUAACUUAGAAAAAUCUCUUCAAUUCUAUAAAGAAUACGUUCUUGAUACUUCAUUUCUACCUUCUGUUAAAAAGAAUGCGUCUCUUGCUAUUGAAAAAUAA